GCUACUAUUAAAUAAUGUCGAAAGUAAACACGGCCAAAAUCGCCAACCUGUCCAUGGUCAAACAGGUGGAGUGCGCCGUAUGUAUGGACGUAUACACCGACCCCGUGGUGACGGAGUGCGGGCAUACCUUUUGCCGCCACUGUAUUAGCCUAUGUAUGGACUCUAACCCCGUGUGCCCGCAGUGUCGCAAAGAUUUCAUUACUCGGAAACUGACCGUUAAUUUCAGUAUUAAGUCGAUCAUUGAGACGGGUCUCGAGUUUAGGUGCGAUUAUGACUGGAAUGGGUGUAAGGAGUUGCUGUCUCUGGAUCAGCUACCCGGCCAUCAUAGGGAGUGUAGGUUUAGGUACUGCGGUAAGUGUAGGGCUAAUGUGAGCCGUACUGGCCGUGACCAUAAGUGUAAGGGUCUGUCGAAACCGGCGGUGAAUACUAAUGUCAAUUCAGUCAAUACUGACCAGGAUCAUAAGGGUGAGGGUCAGUCGACAGUGGUGGGCAACCAUAGCAAAUCAGAGACUACUGGCGCUCGUAAGCACAUACCACGACGGUGUCGCUACUGGCCUACUUGUCGCAAGGGUGACCAGUGUAACUUUCAUCACCCGGAUCAGUGUUGUUUCCAAUACGCCAAAUCCGGAAGCUGUCGUUUCGUUUAUAAUUAA